AUGGAGAAGUGUCAAAGGCACUACACACCCUGUGAGCAUCUCUGUAUUGAUGAGCAGCUGCUUGCAUUUCGUGGAAGAUGUCCAUUCAGGAUGUAUAUCCCAAGCAAGCCAGCCAAGUAUGGCAUGAAGAUGAUCCUCAUAAAUGACUGCAAGACUAAAUACCUGCUAGGAUGUAUGCCAUACCUCGGAAAGGAUCAGACACGGCUCACACCUGGAAUAGGACUGGGACAUUAUUUUACCAAGGAACUUACACAGCCAUACCACCACACAAACAGAAAUGUAACCACAGAUAAUUGGUUUACCUCUGUAGGUCUAGUCACUGAUCUUCUAGAGAACUGUGGCAUGACCAUGGUUGGAACAUUGAAGGCAAACAAGCGAGAACUUCCAGAUAAGAUAAAGAGCAAAGAAGAUCGUGAACCUGGAUCAAGUGCCUUUCUCUUCACAAAAGAGAUGACCCUGGUUUCAUAUCUGCCUCCGGUGCGAAACAAGGCCAAGAAGUUAGUCCUCUUGCUCUCAUCUAUGCACAGCCAGCCAACCAUAGGAGAGAAAGGAAAGCCAGAAAUUAUAGAAUUUUACAACAGCACCAAAGGUGGAGUGGAUGCUUUUGACGAGAUGUGUGAACUGUACUCUUGCAACCGGAAAACUAAAAGAUGGCCCCUUUGUAUCUUCUACUUGAUGGUGAAUGUCGCUGUUAUCAAUGCAAAUGUAGUGUACACAGCAAACCUAGAGAGGACAGGAGGUACCAAUGUUCCAAAACGCCGUCGUUUCAUGCUACACCUUGCAAGAACAUUCAUACGGCCAUGGGCUCAGAAGAGGUUGUCGGCUGACACUCUCCCACGGCCCCUAAAAACACUGAUAUCUACUGUCUGUAACCUCCCAUCAGUAGCCAACACACAAUACCCAACUGGCCAAGUACUUGCCCAGUGCACAUACCGUCAGGUACGCUGUGCUGAGUGCCCCCGCUCUACAGACCGGAAGACACGCAUCAGGUGCCUGAAAUGUCAACGACCCGUGUGCCAGUCCCACUACUACCCUACUUGUACCAAGUGUAUUGAGCUCGUGACCAGAAGAAUUUAG